UUCCCAAAAACUCUUUUCCUUUUGGGAUUCCCCGAGUUGGAAAAACAGGCAGCAAGGGGAGAUUUUGGCUCUGUGGGCACAAAUCUGCUUCUGCUUUGAAGGGUCCCUUUUUUUUUGGGAGGGGGGUCUCUGUCAGCCCAGGGAGGGGCUGUGGCUUCAGGAAUGGGGUGCAGGAGAAAGAGGGUGUGGAAAACAAGGGAAUGCUGGCUGGGAAUUCCCUCGGCUGGCAAACGGAGCGUGGGGAGGUGGUGACACGUUUCUGCAGCCCCUUUGUCACCCCCCCCCCUCCGAAGGACUGGGCGAGGUGGGUGGCACAGGGAGAAGGGGAGGGGUGCCAGGAGGAUCCCAUGGGAUUGGGGGGUCUUGGAAUGUGCUCCCUGGGCUGAUCCAUGUGCUCUCUCCCGGCAGCUCCAGGGCCAGCAUGGCCGCGACUGCCGCCGUCAGCCCCAGCGAGUACCUGCAGCCGGCUGCCUCCGGCACCCAGGACUCCCAGCCCUCUCCCCUGGCCCUCCUGGCAGCCACAUGUAGCAAGAUCGGCCCCCCCGCCGUGGAAGCCGCCGUGACCCCCCCGGCCCCCCCCCAGCCCACGCCCCGAAAGCUGGUGCCCAUCAAACCCGCCCCGCUGCCCCUGGGCUCUGCCAAGAGCAGCAUCGGCAUCCUGUCCUCCAAAGGGAACCUCUUCCAGAUCCAGGGCUCCCAGGUGGGCACCUCCUACCCGGGGGGGCAGCUGGUUUUCGCCAUCCAGAACCCGGCCGUGCUCAACAAGGGCUCCCGCUCGUCUUCUUCCUCCUCCUCCUCCUCCUCCUCCUCCUCCUCCAACAUCCAGUACCAGGCGGUGCCCGGCGGGGCACAGACCAUCCAGGUGCAGCCCAACCUCGCCAACCAGAUCCAGAUCAUCCCAGGCACCAACCAGGCCAUCCUCACCCCUUCCUCCUCCUCCUCCUCCUCCUCCUCCUCUUCCUCCUCCUCCUCCUCCUCCCACAAGCCCGUGCCCAUCAAACCUGCCCCGGCGCAGAAGGCGGGAGCGUCGCCGGGCGCGGGCGGCGUGGUCAAGUUACCCGGCGGCGGCAACGUGACUCUGACCUUGGCCAGCAACAGCCUGGUGGGCCCCGAGCAGGGCGCCCAGGCCCAGCUGCUCACGGACAGCCCUUCCAAAGCGGGCAAAAAGCCCCGGAAGAAGGCGGCGUCCCCCGCCCAACCCGCCGCCGCCGUGGCCGUGGCCGAGCAGGUGGAGACGGUGCUGAUCGAGACGACGGCGGAGAACAUCAUCCAGGCCGGCAACAACCUGCUGAUCGUGCAGAGCCCCGGCGCGGGGCAGCCGGCCGUGGUGCAGCAGGUGCAGGUGGUGCAGCCCAAGCAGGAGUCCCAGGUGGUGCAGAUCCCGCAGCAGGCCCUGCGCGUGGUCCAGGCGGCCUCGGCCACGCUGCCCACCGUGCCCCAGAAAGCCUCCCAGAACUUCCAGAUCCAGGCGGCCGAGCCCACUCCCACCCAGGUCUACUUCAAAACCCCCUCGGGGGAGCUGCAGACCGUGGUGCUCCAGGAGGCCUCAGCCAUGGCCGUGGCUCCGUCGGGAUCGUCCUGCAGCAGCCCCGUGUCCCGCAGCCCCGGCCCGGGGGGCUCCAGGAAACCCCAACCCCGCAAGGAGCGCCCGCUGCCCAAAAUCGCCCCGGCCGGGGGCAUCCUGAGCCUGAACGCUGCCCAGCUGGCAGCCGCUGCCCAGGCCAUGCAGACCAUCAACAUCAACGGGGUGCAGGUCCAGGGCGUGCCCGUCACCAUCACCAACGCCGGAGGGCAGCAGCAGCUGACGGUGCAGAACGUGUGCAACAACCUGACCAUCAGCGGGCUGAGCCCCACCCAGAUCCAGCUCCAGAUGGAGCAGGCGCUGUCUGGGGAGAUCCAGCCCGGAGAGAAGAGGAGGAGGAUGGCCUGUACCUGCCCCAACUGCAAGGAUGGGAGAAGAGGUGAGCCGGGGGAUCCGGGGAAGAAGAAGCACAUCUGCCACAUCCCCGAGUGCGGCAGAACCUUCCGGAAGACGUCCCUGCUGAGGGCCCACGUGAGGCUGCACACGGGGGAGAGGCCCUUCGUGUGCAACUGGGUGUUCUGCGGGAAGCGCUUCACGCGCUCCGACGAGCUGCAGCGGCACGCGCGGACACACACGGGUGACAAGAGGUUCGAGUGUGCCCAGUGCCAGAAACGCUUCAUGCGCUCCGACCACCUGACCAAGCACUACAAGACCCACCUGGUCACCAAGAACUUGUAGGGCCUGGAGGGGGGACCCACCCCCCACCCCACAGCCAGGCCCAGGAGCACUCCAGAGCCCCCCCUCCCCAGGAAGGGGGACCCCAAGGGAUGUCCCCAAACCCUCCCGUGCCCCCCAGAGGUGCCAGGGGUUCCCCCCCGGGGUCAGGGGUUGGCCCAGCAGCACCGGGAGCCCUCCCUGGGGUGUCCCCCAAAAAAGGAGGCAGGGCAGGGGGGAGAGGCCCCACAGCACAUUCCUACUUUGUAUUUAAAUCUAUAAAUAGCUAUAAAUAUCUAUAUGCCCCCUUUGGAAGGUCCCCUUUUUCUAUGGAGAUCGUUGCCUUACGCUCCCGAUUCCCAACCCUGUGGAUCAUGAGUGCUUUUCUAAUCUCUAUUUAACCCCCCUUUCCUCCUCAGAUUUCCCAAAACUCAAGGGGUUUUUUUGGGGUUUUUUUGAGGUUUUUUGUUUUGUUGUUUGGGGUCUUUGGUUUGUUUUUUGUUUGUUUUGUUUUUUCCUUUCCUUUCCUUUCCUUUCCUUUCCUUUCUUUCCUUUCCUUUCCUUUCCUUUCCUUUCCUUUCCUUUCCUUUCCUUUCCUUUCCUUUCCUUUCUUUCCUUUCCUUUCCUUUCCUUUCCCUUUCCCCUUUCCCCUUUCCCCUUUCCCCUUUCCCCUUUCCCCUUUCCCCUUUCCCCUUUCCCCUUUCCCCUUUCCCCUUUCCCCUUUCCCCUUUCCCCUUUCCCCUUUCCCCUUUCCCUUUCCCCUUUCCCUUUCCCCUUUCCCCUUUCCCCUUUCCCCUUUCCCCUUUCCCCUUUCCCCUUUCCCCUUUCCCCUUCCCCUUUCCCCUUCCUUUUUUUCUGUUUUUUUUUGUUUGUGUUUUUUUUGUUUGUUUUUUUCUCUCCCAAAACUCAAGUUUUUUCUGGUUUGUUUUUUUUUUUUGUUUGUUUGUUUUAUUUUGUUUUUUUUCCCCUCCCCCUAAAAAUUUCCCUCUCCCGACUUCUCAAUUCCCAAGCAAAACGUUUUCCUUUGGAAUUUUGGGACUCCCUCCCCUGUGCCCCCCCUGUGUACAGUGUACAUUGUAUCAUAGAUUAUAUUGCUUUGGAGCUUUUAAAUUAAACGAAAAAUCCACUUUAUUUUUUAGUUGUAACGAGCCCGAGGGUGUUUUUCCCUGGAUUAUGUGAUUGGAUCUGUUCCUGUUUUCUGAACUGUACCUGGAGACAGCCAGGAGCUUUUCCUUGCUCAAUAAAUUUAGUCACCAGAGGCAAAUA